AUGUCACGAAGGUCUAAGAGUCCCACUCCUCCAUGUUCAGAACAGGCCGAUGAUAAUGAAGAUGAGGAAAGUCAUCAUGACUCACCAAGGGGUAACACUUCUCCCCGAUCACCUACUCCAACCGAAUCUCCCAAUCACAACAGAGUUCCUUCCCCACCUCCAUCACCAAAACAGACAAUACCCCUAUCUGAUCCCAUUAUUACUCCACCAGUCACAUCUCAACAAACAACCUUACCUCCACCACCUCCCAUCACUUCUAUUCCUAUUUCCACAACUCCUUUAUCAUCCCCAAUCUUUACAGCAUCCACAACCACUACAAUUCCUAACCCCACAGUGAAUGUCAACGUAUCCAAACCGAGAAGACUUCCUUUUUAA